AUGUCAGAAGAAAAGAAGGUUGAUGUACAACCGGAUCCUAGCUUCGAAAAUGCUAAGGACCAUGGAGUCGGAGACACGCAGCCAGUGAAUGAACUCCGUCGAGACCUACGACCUAGCCAUAUUUUUAUGUUCUCCAUUGCAUGCUCGAUUGGAACAGGUCUUGUUAUUGGAUCCGGGCAGGCAUUGGCCAGGGGCGGUCCCGGUGGCGCCUUGAUCGGUUACAUUGUCAUCGGCACAGUGGUCUUCUGUGUCAUGACAGCACUGGGAGAGAUGGCAGCCUUUCUGCCUAUGAAUAAAGGGUUCAGUGGAUAUGCUACGCGCAUGGUUGAUCCGGCUCUGGGCUUUGCAACCGGCUGGAACUACUUUUUCAAGUAUAUCAUGGCUGCUCCUACGAAUCUUACCGCAGCAGGACUUGUCAUUCAGUAUUGGAGACCGGACCUAAACGUUGCGAUAUGGGUUGCAGUUUUUGCAACUGUUGUAAUAGCUAUUAAUGUCCUGCACGUUAGGAUCUUCGGUGAAAUCGAAUUCUGGGCAGGAGGAAUCAAGGUCUGCAUCAUGGUCAUACUCAUUCUGACAUGCUUCAUCAUUGCCGUCGGCGGAGGCCCUAACCAUUACGCAUCCGGAUUCGCAUACUGGAAGACACCCGGUGCAUUUGCCGAAUACCUCUUAGCAGGCCCAAAAGGGCGGUUUCUAGGAUGGUGGGCAUGCAUGCGUCAGGCUUGCUUUGCCUUUACCGGGACUGAAGUUGUCGGCAUGACAUUUGGAGAGAUGCCAAAUCCGCAGAAGAACGUGCCUCGAGCGGUUAAGCAGACGUUUUGGAGAAUAUUUGCGUUCUACAUAUUAGGGAUUUUGGUCCUGGGGAUGGCUGUGCCCUAUGAUAGCAGCGAUUUGCUUACUGCAACCAAUCGCUCUACCAGUGCUGCUGCAAGCCCAUUCGUUGUUGCAAUAGAAAGUGCUGGUAUAAAGGUCCUGCCUGACUUCACAAACGCCUCUCUCUUGGUGUUCACUUUAAGCGCAGCAAGUUCAGAUAUCUACUGUGCAUCUCGAUCCCUCUAUGGACUCGCUCGUGAUAGGCAAGCUCCCGCGAUAUUUUCAAAGACAGUUGGCAAGGGAGUCCCCGUUUAUGCAACAGGAAUGUCAGCUGCCUUCACUGCGCUUGGAUUCCUGAACGCAAGCAAGUCAUCGUCAACCGUAUUCGAUAAUCUCGUGUCUUUGGUUACGGUUUUCGCUGCGUUGAACUGGCUGGCGAUCCUGUUGUCGCAUAUUGGCUUCCGUCGAGGGCUUGCGAGGCAGGGUAUUAUGAUAGCUGAGCUUCCAUAUACAGGGUUUCUUCAGCCGUAUGCAACUUACUAUGCUCUUGGCGUUACAGCUGUAGUGCUGCUUUUCAAUGGCUACGAUGCCUUCAUUCCGAGGUUCAGGGUAGAGACGAUGGUUCUCAGUUACCUUGGAAUCCUUCUCUUUGUUGUUAAUAUUUUGGCGUGGAAGUUGUGGAAACGGACGAAGCGUGUCAAAGGACCGGAGAUGGACUUGGUGACAGGUCGUAGGAUAGAAUAG